UAUUUGAUCCGUGUUGUAGAUCGUUCGAUAUCCUCCAUUUCCUGUUUUGGAUACGACGAUCCACCACCGCCAUAUCCUGGAAAAUACUCAAAGACAAAUGUGAAUUAUCUCCCUUCAUAUGACUCCGCCAUGAAAAUGGAACAAGAAAGGCAAGCAAUGAAUAAUUUACCAGAGAGUACGGGUUCGGCAGUAUUUUCCAUAUCCAGCGAAAGUUCCGCUACCUUUCCGAAUUCAGCAAACAAUAAUGAAACUCAGAACAGUAAUGACGUCAUAGACUGUACAACUUCCGUCUCAACGGCGUCGAUAAACUGUGAAAUAAGAAAACUUGGUGAUUCCCCCACUGACACUGUGUAACAGACGGGUGAGGAAAGACAGACUACAAUAGAUUCUUCUCUGCAUCCGAACAGCAGCGUUGAUUUACAUGCAUCCUUCAACACACAACAACAAAUAUGAAAAAUAAAAUUGUUAAAUCAAAAUAUACAUGUAUUUAUACAUGUAUAUGUGUAUUUAUGUACAAUAUAUGUGUUAGAGUAAGAAUUUCAGGUACCAAAAUAAUCUUUCUUUUUCUAAACAAAAUAAGUUGUCACUUCCAAGCAUAUUCAGAUGAGUAUAGAAAUUUACAAGAAAAAUACAUUUAAGUAUCAUUUUAGGAAGUUGAUAUGAAUAUUAAGCAAUUUGAAACUAUAAUUUUAUAGAAUUAUCGAACUAUCUAACUGUGCAUGCGUAAUGAUAAUAAUUAAGGUCAAGUAAAUACCAAUUUAUUCAAGGACCAUUUUGCUAUUAUUAUAAUAUAGUUUACAUCAUGGAUCUUGUAACUUUCAUUUCAGUGUUCAUUACAACUGCACUUAAGUAAAGAAAAUGUUUGUACCCAUCGAAUGUUUUAUCUGUGAACAUGCAUUUUUGUCUUUCAUUGUCAGUAAUUUAUAUCAAAUAUGGCAAGUGAUAUCUUGAACUGAGAAUAUUAUCAAUAAAGAGAAGAAAACUAUUGUGUAAUAGUACCAAACCAUAGCGAACUGUGUGAAGUCCUCUAUAACAGGAAACAUGGCUGAUAGUUUUGAAAAUAAAUCUGACCACUGUGGGAGGAUGGUCAGCUGAGAUAUUGUUUGUCAAUGAUAACAUUACUUUGACCAUUCGGAAAAUCUCGUUGAGAUGGAUGAAUACAGGUCCAUAUUAUCUUGCACUUAUCAUUUCCGGAUAACGCGCACCUGCCCGAUGUUACGAAAUAUAUGAUAGUUAGAAAAUGUUCUAACUGUGAAGAAGGGUGGUGAGAAAAGUUUCUAGUUGACACAAUGUUUGACAGGUCAUUCAAAAUAUCACGUAAAGGGAGUAUUGGAACUAUUAUCUAUUUGGAAUUUACUGAUUGAGGAUGAAAAUUAAAUGUCGCGAAAAUGAGCUGGCUCAUCCUCUUCUUUGCCGUUAAAUUGAUUAACUUUGCAGUUUGCUCUCCACCUUCCCCACCAAUGAACGUCAAUGUUGUGAACAGAGAAAACUCGUUUAUUGUCACUUGGGAUGUACCUUCACAAACCUACGGAAAGAUCACCGAUUACGUGCUACUAGCGACCAUUUUACCGGAAGCGAAUCACACCAUAUACAGAUCAAAUAUACCUAUGACAAUCAUAGAUGCAUCUUUACAUGCUGGAAGAAUGUUCCUUAUAACAGUGGCAGCUGAGAACAAAGAUGGCCUGAGCAAACCUUCCAGACCUUUCUAUAUACGAAAACCCUGUGGAAGGAAAAUCACAAUGGAACCAGGAUCAAAGAAGAUGAUUUCUUCUCCAGGUUUCCCAAGUCAAGUAGCAAGGGGAGUGCACUGUCAAUGGGAUAUUAUAACAGCAGAAACGCAUUCACUGCAUUUUCAUUUCCUCCAUGUUGAUAUAGGAGAAAACAAUUCAACAGAUCAUUCCCUUUGCACAGAUGCUUUCAUAUCAAUAGGUGACAAUUUACAUAAGAUUUGCAGAAAUAGUUCAGACUUAUUCGGCAGUUCAAUGGAAACAGUUUUAUUUUCUAGUGGAGUAAAGAGUCUAAACAUCACAGGAUUUCAAAUGUUGAUUACAACAAAAGUUAAAGCACCUGGACCUCCAGUAAAUAUUACGAUGACAUCAACCACAAACGGCGUGUUUAUCAAAUGGUUACCUCCAGGUGGACAUUAUUUACCCUUGACAUCAUACACUCUAAAAUAUCGCCUUACAAAUUACCAGAGAGAAAUCGUGCUCUCUUCCAGAACUACAUGGUUUAGCAUUGAUACUCGAAACUUCAAAGGACAGCUUCUCAUGAUUUCUAUAUACGCCAACAUAAGUGAAAUAAAAGGAGAAGAAAGCAAAGAAUUAUAUUUUAGGGCACCGUGUCACAGGAGGAUUAAAUUAUCAGAAUCAGAAGUAGAAAUAGUGUCCCCUGGAUACCCUGGGCCCUACCCUCCUGGUGUCAGUUGUGUAUGGGAAAUAGUUAACCCGAAAGCAGAUAAUAUGACGAUUACAAUAGUGGAUAUGGACAUAGAGAGCAGCUUAUCGUGUAGUAGUGACUAUUUGGCUGUUUCUCUUGGGGAAUCCUAUAGAAAAUGUGGAGUUACUGAUAGACCGACGAAAGUGACUACUCGGAAUAAGAAUUUGAGUAUUGGAUUUGUGUCUGAUUUCAAAAGGCAGGGACGUGGAUUUCGAAUCAAAGUUGAAAGAACUGAAGCAGACAUACAUAAAACAACGUCAAAGAAGUAUGAUUUUACUUCAACACAAGAAAAGAGCUAUUCUACGAGACCUUUGGUGACAAACACUAAAUUCAUUGAAGGAAGCACAGAAUCUCAAGCUAGUACAAUUCAAUCAAUACAUGAACUAACAGAAAAUGUAGUGAAGUCAACUCAGAAUUUGACUUUAAGUCCCUUUUCAGAAAAGACAGAAUUAAGUAAAAUAACAGACAAUCUUGAUCUUACACAUUCAACGCAAAAUGCGAGGUCCGACACGACUCCUUUCACAUUUGAAACAAUAAUGGAAUUUAGUUCAACAAAAGCAUCGACUUCGUCACUUCAAGCAUCGAUGAACACGUCAUUUAAAGACAAGUUGAGACCAUCAACAUCGUCAUUGUCAUCAUCAACAUCAUCGACAUCACCACCACCACCAAAAACAUCAUCAACAUUAGGGUCUCUUUUUAAGUCAACCACGACUUUAAGAAAACAUUUGACAUCAACGGUUUCACCGUUCACAAAUAACAAUGCUAAGUCAGAAGUUUUAUCUACAGAAACGUCAAAAUCAUCCUCAUUUCUUCGCUUUGAACAAACGCACAAACUGACAACAGAAGCAAGUAUAUCCUUAUCACAUCAUCACCUUGAGAUUAAUGAAAGUAGUAUAGAAAAUGUCUUGCAUAAUAUUUCUGUAAACCUGGAGUUCAGGAGCAGAAAAAGAAGUCUCCGUGAUUCCUCCCCCAGUGAUAUGCUUUCGUCCUUACAUGAUAAGCUGUUUGCCAUUUUCAACAACCCCUCUGGUAUUCUUGUUGAUCUUGAACUUGAUCUGAUCAAGAACGUGACAAGAACAGAAUAUAAUUCUAUGAUUGUGUUACUUACCUUAAUGUUCAGUGUGCCUAAGCUUUUGACAAAAAUGAAAUCUGAUGUGGAAUUCCAUCUCAGAGGAUGUAUCAACGAAACUGUCUCUAAAAAUCUAUCAAAAAACUGUAUAACUUUUGAUAACUGGAAAUUAGACUGCAAGAAGCUAUCAAAAUUUUGUGCAGAGAAAACGUUUUAUAACCAAGAGAUAACGUCCCCUUGUGCUUUGGUCCACGGAUAUUGCGGUAACAAUUCAGUCUGCACCAUAAACAGGUCUGCAGAACUUGGGAUUGUUUGUCUAAAAACAAACUUGACAGUUCAAACCUCUACAAAUUCAAAAGCAUAUGGGAACCAAAAAAUGACUUUUGUGAUAAUCGGAGGUUCUUUAGCGGCAGCAGUGAUCUUACUCUUACUAGUAUUUGUAAUAUUCUACCGCAGAUGUUCGAAAAGGAAUGUGCCAGUCACACAUCAUCAACCUUUCAACGACAUUUUGCUCAACAGCCGGUACAUUGGUGAUAAGAACGUAGAAUUCACGGCCUUUACUUCCAAGGAUCUGCAAAAAUACAGUAAAAAGAGAAAAACGAUACUGAGCUUUUCGUUUCCAACAAAGUCUAUCAAAUCAUAUGACAAGAAUGGAGACAUAGUUGAACACAAACUGAAACAACUCGCUUUUAUUGAAGACCAAAAAGCAUUGAAGAAGCGACUUCAGCUGAAAUACCGUUCGCGGAGUACAAACAGUGUUUAA